UCACAGGUGCUUUCCUGGCCCUACCCGGCCCCCCAAGAGCAGCAGCUGAUCCUGUUCUGCUUGGGUGUUCCAGCUGAAGGCUUGUGAGGAGACAGUCCUGGGUCCUUGCCUCUGCCCUGUGCAGGGGCACCUGGAUGAUGCGGGUCUGGGGUCAGUGACUCGAGACAGAUGAGCAUGGCCCCUCUGCACAGUGGAUCCCUUUUAAUUUUCUGCUAAAUAAAUAAAGGUCCACUGCAGGGUGAAUGGGGUCCAGAGAUUCCUAGGCUCCAAGGCCUUUGUCAUCUAGUCUGACCUCGGGCCUUUUAACUUCCCCAGCUUCACCAGGGCUCUCCGGGCUAAGAGUGACACAGGGUGGAGCCCAAGGGUUUGAAUGGGGAGACAAACUAGAAGAGUUAAAUCAUAUUUCGGUGGCUGGCUUCCUAUUGCAUUGCCACACAGGCAAAGGGCACAUGGACUUCUGCCCCAGUUCUGGCCGGGCUGGGCAGACUGGAGGAGCAAAUCCAUUGCUGGUAUUAAUUCCUACUGCAGCCAGGAAUAAAACUGGCUGGUGUUAAUUCUGCAGCCAACGUCUCAAACAGAGGACAAUAGUUCUUUGGGGAACAGCUUGCUAGCAGGGCCUUGUCACUAAACAGUUAAAUUUCAGGCUUUCAGCUAACACUGGGAUUUGAUCUGCGACAAGAUCCCAAAAAGCAAAUUAAAAGACUUUGCCUUGGGCAAAUGAGAAAGUGGAUCACAUGCUAAAGUGAGGAGGGAAAGCUGAGAGGAGAGAGGAGGUCUGGCUGGUGGGACUUCAAAGGCUGAAAUGUUAAAAGGGACCUGGCCUUCCUGCAGAUGUGGAAUUUUCCCAGCCUAAGGUGGAACUAAAGCCAGCAACCAUCUAAAUAUAGAUCCAGACAAUAGAUGCCCCAGCUGCAGACACAGCGUGCCCGGGUGGAUUUGGGGGAGGCCUCAAGGUCACCAUCCAGAGCAGAGAAAGCCCUCCAUUUCGGGGAGGGAACUGGGGGCAUCCCCAUGCUUCACCCCAAAGAUCCCAUGCCCUUUCAGCUCUGAACAGGAUCCUGACGCUAAACCUGCAGCGGGGUUUUUGAGCCACCCCUGGCUUGAAAGCGGCUCCGACCCAGUCGACUUUUGAGCGUCUUCCCUUGGCUGCUCACCUGAUGAGACCCACAGCCAAGAUAACAAGUGAGCCCCGCAUGCUCCUUGGCUUGUUUUAGGCAUCGAGCAGGAAGCGGUUUGGCCCCCUGCUCAAAGCAAAGGCCAGAAGUGAGCUCCGUGGCUGGCAGGUGUUUAGGGAACCCAAUGUCCCCAGGAGACAGACAGAGCAAGAGCCCUCGCUAGAACCGCCGCACCUCAUCCCCACGCAGAGCACCCUGGGUGUGCUAAAAGCAAGGGGCUGAUUCCAACGGGCGCCUGGGCGCGGAGCAGGUAAAUGUGGACUCCCAGGUUCUGAAUCAUGCUGGAUCCAAGACAGUGUGCAGCGAGCCCAACCCCUUCACCGAGAUAGCCAUGAACAGCUGCAAGUACAAUGGAGGCGUGGUCCGACCCCUGAGCAGCCUAAGCGCCUCCCAGCGCAACCUCCAUGAGCUGGGAGCCGAGACCCAGCCCCUGCAGACCCUCCACAGCUCGGGCCUGGAGGUGGUGGUCUCCAAAACCGAAGAGGCCAAGGAUACAAGCUUGCAGGCGGGAGAGGAGGCGGUGGUGUGCUCCCGGAACCAGAAGAAGAACCAGAACGUUGGGUACCGGCUGGGCCACCGGCGGGCCCUCUUCGAGAAGCGCAAACGCCUGAGCGACUACGCCUUGAUCUUCGGGAUGUUCGGCAUCGUGGUCAUGGUGACGGAGACGGAGCUCUCCUGGGGAGUCUACACCAAGGAGUCUUCGUAUUCAUUUGCACUGAAAUGCCUUAUCAGCCUUUCAACUAUGAUACUUCUGGGCCUCAUCAUCAUGUACCAUGCCAGAGAAAUCCAGCUCUUCAUGGUGGACAACGGGGCAGACGACUGGAGAAUAGCCAUGACCUACAAGCGGAUCUUUUUCAUCAGCCUGGAGCUGAUUGUGUGCGCCAUCCACCCCAUCCCGGGCCAGUACCUCUUCACCUGGACAGCCCGGCUGGCCUUUACCUACACCACCUCGGUGGCCGACGCCGAUGUGGACAUCAUCCUCUCCAUCCCCAUGUUCCUGCGGCUCUAUCUGAUCGGGCGCGUCAUGCUGCUCCACAGCAAGCUCUUCACCGACGCCUCCUCCCGCAGCAUCGGCGCCCUCAACAAGAUCAACUUCAACACUCGCUUCAUCAUGAAGACCCUCAUGACCAUCUGCCCUGGCACCGUGCUGCUGGUCUUCAGCAUCUCCUCCUGGAUCAUUGCCGCCUGGACAGUCCGCGUGUGCGAGAGGUACCACGACAAACAGGAAGUGACCAGCAAUUUCCUGGGAGCGAUGUGGUUAAUUUCAAUCACGUUUCUCUCCAUUGGUUACGGCGACAUGGUGCCACACACCUAUUGCGGGAAGGGGGUGUGCCUGCUCACUGGAAUCAUGGGCGCUGGGUGUACGGCCCUGGUUGUUGCUGUGGUGGCCCGGAAGCUGGAACUCACGAAAGCUGAAAAACACGUGCACAAUUUUAUGAUGGACACACAGUUAACGAAGCGGGUGAAAAAUGCUGCUGCCAACGUACUCAGGGAAACAUGGCUCAUCUACAAACACACCAAGCUGGUGAAGAAGAUUGACCAUGCCAAAGUUCGGAAACACCAGCGUAAGUUCCUCCAAGCCAUCCAUCAAGCUCAGAAAUUGAGGAGUGUGAAAAUGGAGCAACGGAAACUGAAUGACCAGGCCAACACCCUGGUGGAUUUGGCAAAGACCCAGAACGUCAUGUACGACAUGAUAUCCGAGCUCCAAGAGCGCAACGAGGACCUGGAGAAACGCAUCAACACCCUGGAGAGCAAGAUCGACUCACUGGGCCUCAGCCUGCAGGCCCUGCCAGGACUCAUCAGCCAAGCCAUAAGCCAGCAGCAGCGAGAGCUGGCCAAGCGCUGCGCCCCCAGGUUCUGCCCCAUCUCCAACAGCUCCGAGAGGUCCUCGUGGACGCCGACGCGCCAGCGGACGUCUCCUUCCACCGCUCCCCACACCUCGUCGGACAGCGGGUGACACCAGGGGGCGGGCCCGGCACUCGGGCCCGUUUAUGUCUGGCCAUUGUGUGGCUGAUCCUGUUUGCUUUGUUCUGUAAAGCCCUGUACAGUUAAACUCCUGGAGUUCAUCGUGCUGGAGUGAAGCUAGAGCUGCCGUAUAGGCCUAGACUGGAGUUAGGGCUGCCUUUAUCUUGGGGAGGAGGGGGCAGGGAAUGCACAACGGUACCCGGUGCCCCAGUGCUCAUGGCAAGGGGACUCGGCCACACGCGGAACUGGCACAGGUUGGGUGGAGGCAGGGCACUGCUCUAGGUCAUCAUGGCAAUGAGCUGUACAGAAGCAGCGUGGUUUAGUGGUUAGGGCACAGGGCUGGGAGGCCGGACUCCUGGGUUCUUUAGGAGGCUUUGGAAAGUGAGAAAGGGUUUGAGUGGUGGCAAGAAGGGGAUCUGGGAAUCAGAACACCUGGGUUCUGUUGGGAGCCAGGAAUACUAGCAUCUAGUUCUGGCUCUGGGAAAGGAGUGGAGUUCUAAUGAUUAAAGCUGGAGGGGCAGGGAGACGGGACUCCCAGCUUCUCUCCCCGGGUCUAGGAAGGGUGGUGCUGUCUCACGGUUAGAGCAGGGCAGGGACUAGGAAUCAGGACUUUGGGGUUCUAUGCCUGGCUCUCCCACUAGGUGACCUCAGCUUAGUCACUUCACCGCUCUGUGCCUCAGUUUCCCCAUCUGUAAAAUGGGGGAUAACAAUACUGACUAUUGUAAAGCGCUGUGAGAUUCCUGGCUGCAAUAUUAAGCCAAUACAGACUGUGAACAGGGCAGGCGCAGCUGAUCCCACUCAGCCCGAAGAGCUUCUGCUGACAAUGGCUCCUGACCACAGCGCCACACAGCAGCCGGGACCUGGGAUGGAUCUGAAUCCGGCUGCGGAUUGCAGAAGGAACUCUGUGUCGUGAACGCUGGGUGGCAGGUGGGGGCAGAGCAAUGCCACGCAUUCCAGGGAGGGGGGGGAGUGAGCAGAGUGGGGAUUUAACUCAGAGCUACCUGCCCCAUGAGCCUACCCUUAGAGCGCUGCCCUGGGGAGGGAUGGCUGGGCACAGGGAGCUGGUCCCCCCACUUGAAUGAUGUUAAAAGCUAAACAUUAUAUGAACUACACCCCUGGCAUCAA